CAAAGGUCAAUCCGCGCGCCUCUGGGUAGGCUGGAAACUGUAUCGUGACAAAAACACUCUUUUAAACCAAUCCCGGAUUGAAGUGUUCCAGUAUAUAAAAUACAGCAGUGUUUUACGUUUUCCUUGGGGAAUUUACCCAGCGUCUUCAGGGCUAACCUGGCGUUUGGUUGGCGGCUGGAGGGGGCGGGGGGGAAGAAAUGACCGGCUAAUUAGCGCGACAGUACGCAGCUAACAGAGGCGUUUUGUUUCAUAGCGGGAAUCGACGAGCUCAUCGCAUUCAAGCAUGCAGGAUUUACUGGCUAGCGCGGACCACAUCAAGUUCGACCUGGAGAUUGCCGUGGAGCAACAGCUGGGGGCUCAGCCUCUGCCGUUCCCCGGAAUGGACAAAUCCGGGUCUGCUGUAUGUGAGUUCUUCAUGAGAGCUGCGUGCAUGAAAGGUGGGAUGUGUCCUUUCCGUCACAUCAGUGGAGAGAAGACGGUCGUGUGCAAGCACUGGCUCAGAGGACUUUGCAAAAAAGGAGAUCAGUGCGAGUUCCUCCACGAGUAUGACAUGACGAAGAUGCCUGAAUGCUAUUUCUACUCCAAGUUUGGUGAGUGUAGCAACAAGGAAUGUCCAUUCCUGCACAUCGAUCCUGAGUCCAAGAUCAAGGACUGUCCCUGGUAUGACCGAGGAUUCUGCAAACAUGGUCCUGACUGCAGACACAGACACACAAGAAGGGUGAUUUGUGUGAACUACCUGGUGGGUUUCUGUCCAGAAGGAAAGUCUUGCAAAUUUAUGCAUCCUCGUUUUGAAUUGCCAAUGGGAGCUCCUGAGCAGCCUCCUCUGCCACUACAAAACCAAAAUCAGAUAAAGACGGGCCCUAUCAUGGGCCGCUCGUCAUUCUCAGCCAUCCACCUGAGCAACGCCAGCCCGGGCCCGCGGUCGCACAACAACUCUUCCAUGCCUGUCACGCAACAGAAUCAUGUCAUUCCCAUCAGAGGGCCUCGGCCACUGGACCAGGUUACCUGCUACAAGUGCGGAGAAAAGGGCCACUACGCCAACAAGUGUAAUAAGGGCCAUCUUGCCUUCUUGAUUGGACAGUGACCUUAAAGUUGGUGUAAUGAGACAACAGGGAAGAUGGUGGACACUUUACAGGUUGACCUCCCAACUGAAAUCCCUAGAACAACCUGUGAUUUGUUUUUUUUCUAGUCAGUCGACUCAUACACAGGCACAAAGAGAUUUACAUCAAUUUGUAUUCUUGCCUUUUAUACAGUGUGGGGGGAAAAAAUGGCAAGAUGCCAUUGUCGUGUGGGAUACUUGGAAUUCUCACAGACAAAAAUAGUGUCUAUUUGUUCUAUUAGUUGUGCUUAUGUUAGCCUUUUUGUACUAAAGAUUUGCAGUUAUUUCAUAAAUGCGUCAAACCCCAGAAAUCACUCCUCACAAGAAACAGUAGCUACACCGAUAAGUACUGUCUUCAUACCUUCAUAAAUGAUGACGUGUGAGGACACAUUCUCAAUGUGUAAAUAAAUGUUCCAUUCUAAAAUGAGUUGCAUUUGAAAUCCUGAACAAGAAUAUCCAAUGUAUU